AUGGCUCGCUCUCACAACCAACCAUUUGUGCCUGUAUUCUCCCUUCUCCUAGCCUUCAUCCCACUUUCUCUUUCCCAAAUCACCCUGCCCAGUGCUGUUCCUACGACUGGCUGUAUCGGCAAUGCUGCUGGUUCCGCCACAUUCACAUCGAGCUCAUCACUGGAAACAGGCAGCCAGAAAAUCGUAGCCGGUGAUUUCUGGAAACAAGCUGCGGCUGUCUGGGAGUUCUCGACGGAUACUAAAGGCGUGGUGUUGUCGGGUCCAGGCAUUCCAGGAGCUGGUGCUGGUUUCAAUGGCAACGACGGAGGGGCGGGCGACGCUCAAAAAGCCUUGAAGCUCAGCGAUGAUAAAUCUACGAUCACGCUCGCUGUCCCGUCCCCCACACUGGGCGGCUCGUGGGACAUCAUAUUCAAUGCUGGAUCAAGUGCGGUCGAGGGACCGUCGAGUUCUCCCAAUACUUCUCCAACGUGGAAAGCGGGAGAUUGCACUGUUUCCCAGUUUACAGACAAGCCGAUCACAUGCAGCGGUACCGUACAGCAGCCUACCCCGGCGACGAAGAGUGUUUGUGCUUGCCCAAGCGACAUCAUGCUCGACCCGCUCAGUGGCGGUGACUCGCCUUGCGGAAGCUACACUGGCUCUCAAGGUGAUCUCCUUGUUGUCACAAACUUUUGCCAGACUCCAAUCAAACGCCGAGAAGCCGAACCAACGAUCACACCACCACCAAAUCCACCCGACUUUGUUCCUGUGGGAGCAAAAUUCCGCCCAAGACCAAGAGCUGUCAACGAAGUGCUCCAUCCUCGGCAAGAUGCCGCCAAGUUCAAUCUCAUCAUCGAAGCCAACGUGCCUUGCAUCGCGCCCGAAGCCUCUGCUACAGGCCCCGGCGCCUCCGCCAAUCCAACAAUCGCAUCUUUAUGCUCAAACAACAAGAUUACCCCAGGCGUAGACGCGUGGAAAACCUACGAAGUACCAAAGUAUAUGGCCAGUAUCCUCAGCGCCGCAGAAGGCAGUCUACCCACACCAACCCUCCCCGUUGACGGCGUAGCCGCCAUCCACAGCGACGUCAAUCCUAAGGGCGCCCAAUGUACCUACACAUCAAAGUGCGACUCGAUCGGCUGCUCCGACGUUCGCGACUACAAUACCGGCAGCGAAGUCUCCAUCCAGCGUUUCCUCGGCUAUCAAUCUGUCGUGAACCUGAACAACUACUUCUACUCGGUCUACGACGCGCUCUUCAACACGGGCACAAUAGGCUCCCUGACAUCCGGCAACAUCGUCACCACCUUCUUUACAAACCCGACCCCGGACGCAACCUGGAUGCAAAUCCUCGGCAUCUUCGGCCCCAUGCUUGGCAUGCUCUCUGGCAUGCUCGCGCCUUUCAUGAUCCCCUCCGCCGCCCUAGGCAUCGCCUCCGGCAUCGUCGGCAUUGUCGGCGCAAUCGGCACGAUCUCUAACCUCCAACCCGUCGUCGACAAGCGCUUCGACGAAUACAGCUCCAUCACCGAUUUCAUAGGGCACUACAUCGAAGCGACGGUCAAAGGGCUCGAAGCCGCCUACGACCGCACAAUCGGCAAAUCGACACCGAUCUUCGAAUGGUCCGGCUCGCCCUACGCACCCGACGGGCAACAAAACGGCAUUUUCGGCGACGGAUUAUUUGCCGACAACGACUUCGCGCAGGACAUGACCUCCAACAUCCUCGACCGCAUGAUCCGCAUCUUCACCUACAAAGCGAUAAACUUCGCGUGGGUCGACAGCGGCGUCUUCAUCAUCUACGUGCCGUACGGCCGCGACAUCAAAGGCCCCGACGGCAAGAUCAUCCCCAACUUCAGCGCCGACUACUGCAAGAACACGCUGCAGGGCAAAGACUACGUCGGCAAGCUGAUCAACUGCGACGCGCCGGGGCCAGGCAUGGCGGCGCUGCACAACGCGGCCGACGGCGGCAGCAGCGGGGCGUUGAAGACGCCCCAGGGCUACGAUCAGGCUUUCAACGUCCUCCCCGACGAGAAAUUCGACGUCAUGGCCGCCAUUGCCGGGUCCGUCAAUAGUUGGAAGAAGGGCGAUUUCAACUACGAUGCCUCGUCGCCCUAUCAGGACGCGUUCAAUUCGGAUGGCGGGCCCUCGCCCUCGCAGCUUGCGGAGAUCGGAAACUUGAAGAUCGCGCCCGACACGGCGGGGUUCUUCAACGUGCCUGUCUGCCAGACUUUCGAUCUGCGCUUCUUUCCUUUUGCGGGUAGUGAUGGCGUUACGGGAACGCCGUGUACGGCUUGUGGGAGUAGUGUUGCCGUCGGUGGUACGCAGGGGAGUACGGUUAAGUUUAUGGAUAAGGUGGGGGAUAUUGUCAAGAAAACGCUGCAGGCGGGUGGGGGUACGUAUUGUGGGGGGUAUUAUGGGAAUAGUUGUAGUAGUAAGUGUCCGGAGGAUUUGUAUACGGGAUAG